AAAAAUGUCACAAAGUUAUCAUCGACCAAGACCAGCCGGUAUGGCCGGAGCCAUUUUGGACAAACAGGCAAGCAAGUUCAAUGAUGUUGAAGCUGGAUACUUGUUGGAAUGGAUUCGGGACUUGACAAAAGAGGAUUUCGACUGUGAAGCAUCUCGGGACAAUUUUCGCGAGCAGCUCAAAGACGGGCAACGAUUGUGCAAACUCGUCAACGCCAUCAAAGCAGGAAGUGUGAAGAAGAUCAUGAAGCCAAUUUCCAAUUUCAACUGUCUCGAGAACAUUAAUCAAUUUUCCACUGCCGCCAGAAGUCUCGGAGUCAAGGAUGAAGAGACAUUCCAAUCUGUCGACUUGUUCGAUGGCCGUGACCUUUUCUCCGUUACAGUAACCCUUCAGAGCUUGGCUAGAAAGGUCGAAAAGCUCGGAAUCACGCCACCAAAGCAAGUUUCCAAGGACCAAAUCGUCAAUCAAUAAUUUAAAUUUUUUCCAUUUCAUAUCGGCUUCAAUCUUUUUUCGAAAUUUACUUUUAUUCACUUUCUGUUCCCAAUUCACUUUUUAUAAAGAUUUUUCUUCC